AUGAAGCGAGAUAUUUCAAUUCAAUUUUUAGUUGGGUUAGUGGGUUGGUUGAGUUUUUUUGUAUGGGUGAAUAAUGCAGAAGAUCCAUAUAGAUAUUACGAUUGGGCAGUUACAUAUGGUACAAUUGCCCCUCUUGGUGUUUCUCAAAAGGGAAUCCUGAUUAAUGGAAUGUUUCCUGGUCCUCCAAUUGAAGCAGUCACCAACGACAAUUUAAUUGUGAAUGUUAUCAACAAAUUGGAUGAACCUAUUCUCAUUACCUGGAAUGGGGUUAAACAGAGAAGAACUUCAUGGCAAGAUGGAGUUCUGGGAACCAACUGCCCAAUCCCUCCAAAUUCAAACUGGACAUACAAAUUCCAGUUGAAAGAUCAGAUUGGAACUUUCACAUAUUUCCUCUCAACUUUAAUGCACAGAGCUUCUGGUGGGUUUGGAGCUCUCAAUAUCAAUCAACGUUCUGUCAUAUCAAUUCCAUAUCCCACUCCUGAUGGAGAUUUCACACUACUUGUUAGUGAUUGGUUCAAUGCUGGCCACAAGGAAUUACAAAGACAACUAGACGCAGGCAAUCCUCUUCCGAACCCAGAUGUCCUUCUCAUCAAUGGUGUUCAGAAAUCUUUAUCCUUUACCGGUAUAAUAGGCAAAACCUACAAGUUUAGGAUCUCAAAUGUUGGAAUUGCAACAUCAAUCAACUUCAAGAUCCAAGGCCAUACCAUGACACUUAUUGAAGUUGAAGGAGCUCAUACUUUGCAAGAAGUUUACGAAUCACUCGACGUUCAUGUUGGCCAAUCUGUGACAGUCUUAGUUACCUUAAAUGGAAAUCCACAAGAUUAUUACAUUAUUGCUUCUUCACGUUUCACAAAGCCAGUCUUCACAGCUACAGCAGUUCUUCAUUAUGCUGGUUCUAAUACUCCAGUCUCGGCCCUCCCUCCUGUCGAUCCAAAUUUCAGACUACAUUGGUCUAUGAAGCAAGCUAGAACAAUUAGGUUGAACUUGACAGCAAAUGCAGCUAGGCCUAACCCACAAGGGUCAUACCAUUAUGGGACUAUACCGAUUGUUAGGACACUUAUUUUGGCCAAUGCAGCAACUAAGAUCAAUGACAAACUCCGAUAUACUGUUAAUAGAGUAUCGUAUGUAGAUCCAACGACACCAUUGAAGCUUGCUGAUUGGUUCAACAUCUCCGGUGUGUUUAACUUUAACACAAUUAAGGAUACUCCAACUGCCGGUCCUUCAUUCCUUGGCACCUCAGUUAUUGGAGUCAUACUUCAUGAUUUUGUCGAAAUCGUCUUCCAGAAUUAUGAGGAUACAGUCCAAUCUUGGCAUACUGACGGAACUAGUUUCUACGUUGUCGGAUAUGGUAAUGGAACAUGGACACCUUCCAUGAAAAAACGUUACAACUUGGUUGAUGGUAUUAACAGGCACACAGUUCAGGUGUAUCCAAAAUCAUGGACGGCUAUAUUGGUGGCAUUAGACAACAAAGGAAUGUGGAAUUUCAGGUCUCAGAAUUGGUCAAGAAGGUACCUUGGCCAACAGCUGUAUGUGAGAGUUUGGAACGACGAGCGCAGCCUGUUCACGGAGACUGAUGUGCCGCCCAAUGCGCUAUUUUGUGGAAAAGCUAAGAAGCCUUAA